AAAAUCAUCCACCAUUGUUCUAGCACUUAACACAUCUCUCUUUCUCCACCCAAAAAACCAUGUCCGACAACAACAAAUCCAAAAGGCCAUGUUUUGGCCCUCCUUCCUCCGGCGCUUCAUCGAGUGAACGGGCUAUCGUACCUGCACCCUCGUCCGAACAGUUAUCCCUAAUCUGUCACUCCUGCGAGGCGGUUUUCACAACCAUUCAAACCCUCAUCGACCACGUCAACACCCAUUCUCCUCACCACUGCCGCCACCUCGCCGCCUCCGUCCCCAACCUGAGAAAGCGCAAAGCGGCCGAUGACGGCGCCACGUCAUCAUUUUUGUCGCCGCCGCUACUACAACCACCACCACCGCCUUCUGCCGGGCGCGGGCAGACCCCGGCUUCCCACCGCAUCAGCCGCUCCAUCCACUCUUUCGCGCUCUCCCCGCCUUCCUCCGGUCGUCUUUCCACCCAAACCGCUGGUCUGAUCCAGCGUUGCUACAACUAUUACGUGGCUUCUAAUUCGUCCUUGUCACGCUUUGAUCAACCGACGUCGUCUUCGUCAUCGUCACCAACCCCAUAUCAUACUAUCAAUGAUUUCAAGUCUGCUUACCAACGGGGAGGAUUGAUUAGGACAUUGGAAGAGCGAAUUCGGGCGCCUUAUACGAGGCCGUUUCUGCAGCGGAUGGAAGGUAGGCCGUGGCGGCAGGCGGGAGUGGUGGUGGUGGACGUGGAGAAGGAAGACGAGAGGGACGAUUUGGACCUCACCUUGAAGCUUUGAAUAUUGGUCUUUGUGGUUUGAUUAUUGUUUCAGUCGUAACAUAGUUUGUGAUUUAAUUUUCCCAUUGAGAGAAGACAUAGUGAUGCUUUCAUUACUUUGUAAGCUUUGUUUUUCAAUUGUAUUUUCAAUGCAUAAUAAUAAAUAUUAUCUCCAUUU